AUGGCCGAACCAAUCCCAAGUAGCCUGCGACAGGCCGAUAUCACGAGAUUUAUCAAUCGCGCGAACCAACUACGCCAACAUAUGCCUGUCAUUACAUACUGGUGCGAGUACUGGGUCGUCAACCAGAUCCUGGCCAAAGGACUGCACAAUGCCGAUGAUGAGAGCCUUUCGUACACAACCAACCUCAUGGACCGACUCGAACAGACCAAAACCGAGAACGCCCAGGAAGAGGCCAUCGUGGACGAUGCGGUCGGUCAGGCAUACGUCGAGCAAUUCGCGCAAGAUUCCUUUGAGAGGGCAGAGAAGGUUCUCAGAGCAAACCGAGUGACAAGGCAAACCGCCGACACGUACGAUGCCGCUGCGACCUUUCUUUUGCUGGGCAACAUCUGGGGCGCUAUAGACGAGGAGACACAGAAAAAGGUUAAGUAUGCGAAAUGGAACGCUGCUCGCAUACUCAAGGCUAUCAAGGAAGGCAAAGACCCUAACGAGUCGAACCCCAAGCAUGAAGAGCCGGAGAAAGAUCUUCCUGCUUUGGAUCCCAACGACCCCGACGUCCGCGGUCUCACCUCCCCCCCUCCGAAGCCCGCCUCUGUCGAGGAUGACCCAGAGACCGAGUUUUACAAAAAGGCAUCUACGCCGGCCGAGUCAGCACCGCCCGUUGCGCCAAGCGAGCCCGUCCCGACACAAUCCAGCGUUCUCGAUCUGCCCUCGGUCCCGACAGCAACCAAUCUCAACUCAAACCCUCCUGCGCCCCAGAACCAGGGCUAUUUCGAUCCUCCCGAACAGUUCCCGCCAUCGCCCCUUAGCCAAACGGGCGCAAACGACAUGGCUGCCACAGCAAAUGCCCCUUCGGCACCGUCACCCUAUGCCGCAUCUUCGACGGAGCCGUCUUUCAGUCCAGCAAAUGCUGCGUCACCUUGGCAACCGCCCCAAACAACCCCUUCGAAUGUCACCAAAUCACCUCCGCCGCCGGCACCCCAGCAGUUCAAACCCCCGCCGGUUGCGCACCAGCCCAAAGCCCCUGUGGUUCCCGUCUCCAACAACUCAUGGACGCCAAGUAGUGCGCCGUCGGACGAGAUGGACCUGCCCAAGGCGCAGAAGCAUGCGAAGUGGGCGAUUUCCGCCCUGAACUUUGAGGAUGUACCGACUGCAGUGAAAGAGCUUCGUAAUGCGCUUGCGGCUUUGGGGGCGCAGUAA